AUGAGUUCGCGAAGGAAUUCAGAUGGCUCGGGAGAGCAUCAUUCGGUAAAAAGCAUCCGGCACGCAGAUUCUAGCGAGAGCGAGAGAAAGGUCACUCCGCCACCACAUAAGAAAAGACGUUUCGAGACUUAUAGAUCGAAUCUAAAGAAUCUUGAAGAACAGGUUGCCUUUUUAUCUAAUCAAAUUCUUGGUAACACUCAACAUACAUUUCAGAAAACACCUGGCCAUUCUUUCGAGACUCCUGAGGGUACACAGCAUCACGUUCCAGGCAUAGCAGACCCGGAAGUGACUCAGACGGAAUUCCUCACAACUCCUAUCGAGCCGUCCAAGGUAUUGGACCUAGGUCAGUGCAAGACAGAGGUGGAUAGCCGGAAGGUUUUACGGGAAGCCUGUCCAGAAAAGUUGAAAUUAAUAUCUGAACUUCAAAAAUUUGGUUCAGAAAAUUGGAAAGAACUCAGGUACGGAAAUACUUUAAAAGAAUUUUUAGCUUCUCCAGGCUUCACAGAUCUGAAGGUCAAUGAGAAGCUAUGUUAUCUGGAUAAGAGUAAGGACCCUAACUUUUCAACGGAAAGAGCCUUGGCGGGCCUGUCAAAUGCAAUUUUGGAACAAAACCGACUUCUGAAGGAUACUCUCCAAGGUAUUGUUAACUGGACAUUCUCAAACAGGGAGAAUGUUAAUCCAGAGACAAUGCAUGAACUUUUUUCAGCAAAUUUUGGUCCUAAUUCAGAAUAUUUCAAGAAUUCCGAGAUGUUACAGGUAGUUUGUGGUAAAAGAGCUUCAUGCAUAGAAGCUAGAAGGGAAAGAUUAAUAUCGGAAGCUCCGAACAAGCAGAUCCAAGUAGCCUUGAGGAACAUUCCACCCAGCACGGAGUACCUUUUUGGUAAGGAAAGAUUAGGUUCUUUAAUACAAUCUCUAGGGGGUCCUCAGUCUUGGUUAAGGAACCCGGGUCAGUCAGGAUCAAGGUUCAUACAUCAAAGAAAGAGCGAGAAUCAGUCCCAUUCAGCGACUCGCCAGUCCCAUCCUCUAUCAAGACCAGCUCAGAGCACAGUAAGUAAGUCAGAAUCUCAGUUUCAGACAUCGAGGCCAAAGAAUUGGAAGAAAGAGACCCCUAAAUCCAAGGGCUCUUAUUCCUUUCGUAACACAGUUCUCAGGAGGCCAGCUUGCCAAGUUUCACAACGAGUGGAAAAAGCUAGGAGCCCCAGAAGAAAUUCUAGAUAUAAUUACAGGUUCCCGCAUCCCAUUUACAGAGAAACCAGUUCUUACAAGCAAUUGGAAAUCAUCAAUCUUCAAGACGAAAAGCACCCCUCAGCUGUCGGAUCAGAUAAGACUAUUGAUAGACCAGAGGGUAUUAGAGCAACCGGAACACCCAGGUUCGAGUUUCAUUUCAAGGAUGUUUCUUAUAAAGAAAUCGGAUGGGGGGAUACGCCCUAUAUUCGAUCUCCAGAAUUUAAACAGGUACGUGGAAGUCAAGUCAUUCCAAUUAUUCUCUCACACAAAGAUUCCAGACUUUCUCCAGGACGGGGACUGGAUGACGAGAAUAGACUUGUCACAAGCAUACCUGCAUAUAGCUGUGGCGGAAGCACAUCGCUGCUUUUUAAGAAUCCUCUACGAGGAUGUACUGCUACAGCUGACGAGCUUGCCCUUUGGCCUCUCAGCUGCGCCGUAUACGUUCUUGAUGAUAACGAACUGGAUAGCCGAAAUCCUUCGUUCCAGAGGCGUAAGAGUCGUGGUCUACCUGGACGAUUUCCUGAUUGUAGCUCAAAAUCAGGAGGACCUAAAAUCUCAGGUAGCCAUGACGGUAAAAUUACUCGAAACUCUAGGUUGGCAAUUGAACCGAAGCAAGAGCGUCCUACCACCGCAGAAGGUGGACCAAUUGAUCCUUCAGGUGUGGAAGAUUGGGGCUGGUGCAGAAUGACCAAGGACUGGUCAUCACAAGAAAAAGAUUUGGUGAGAGAGAGUUGGCGAGCAUCGACCUUACUCACUUACAAAACCCCAAUCAAGAAGUGGCUAGCUUGGUGCAGAGAGAAAGGGAUGGAUCCAGUAGCACCCAGGGGUGUGGAUCUCGCUCGUUUCCUUUCUCACCUCUUUAUAGACGAGAAGAUAGCCUACAGCACUAUCCUGGUCCAUAAGUCGGCAAUAACAACAUUUUGUGCAAAAAGAGAUCUAUCGUCAGAUUUUCUAGUUAAACAGGUUUUAAAAGCAAUCUCAGUGGCAAAGCCGAAGGAGACAAGGUCGUCAAUAUGGGAUGCACAGAUCCUGUUGGAUUGGCUAAAAUUAGACCUACCGAAUUUAUCCUUCUUUGAGGUGUCCAGGAGAACAGCUACGAUACUGUUGCUGGCUUCAGGUAGAAGAGUUCACGACUUAACGUUACUAAAAAUUUCUAAAGAAUCGCUGGAUAAUCUAGGCAACGAGAUCAUCUUAUGGCCGAGCUUUGGCUCCAAGACGGAUAGAGCCGAAUUUAGACAGUCAGGCUGGAGACUGUCUAAACACGAGAACAUAAGGAUCUGCCCAGUUACAUGGGUUAGAGCCCUGAUCAAGCUAUCAGAGAAGCGAAGAUCUUCCCAGAACUUGGAAGAGUUAUUCAUCACGGUCACUGGUCCAGUAAAACCGGCUUCGAGGACAAUCAUUGCGGGCUGGAUCCGCUCGGUCCUAAAAGAGGCAAACAUCGAUGCUUCACCUGGCUCGGUACGAGCAGCAGUGGCUUUCAGAGGUUGGCUUGAUAAUUUGCCAAUCCAGGAGAUUUUGGAAAGAGGUAACUGGAGGAGUUUAGAGACAUUCAGGAACCAUUACUGUAAGCAGAUAGAAAGACAAGGCCAAGGGUCCCAAGGUCUUCUGUUCAACAACUUCAACCCGAUAGGAAGGACAGUAAAGGAAGAGGUUAAUCAUUUGGAAACUUCCUAUCAUUCAUAUUUCAGGCGUAACAUUAACAUCAACAUUGAUCCAAGAAGCUGUCUCCAGCAUCACAUAGCGUUGAGGAGAUCACCAGUAGGUAGCAAACAAAUCUCUCAUAGGGAUGCCGUGUAUCGGCCUAGAGGAAUGUAA